UGAAUUUUCAUAUUGUUUCCUCUCGACAAAUGACGGACGAUGAAUGGCGGAGUAUGCUUCCAGUGAGCAGGCUGAAGCCUUGAAGAUCGCCCCACAGCUCUCGUGUGUCUUUGUCUCACUUUCGUCACAGCAAAGCCUGACAGCAUCAUCAACCCAGCCGGAGUAUACAGAUCUAUAAAAUGCCUCUUUUGAAAUAUACCAUCACAUUCCUCGCAUCGACAGUAACAGCCACCAACGCCCUUCGAUACCUGGGCUGCUACGACUCCAACGAACUAGACAACAUAGGCCAAUCGCCAUUCCAGAGCGUUGGACUCUGCAGGAUGAACUGCAUGCGGCGCGGUGAUACGAUCAUGGGCCUCCGGAACGGCACCGAAUGCUGGUGCGGCCUUGAUUAUCCUAGCUGGCAGGAUGAGCUAGACCCCGGAGCAUGCAACUUGCCUUGUGGUGGAUAUCCGCAUGAUAUUUGUGAGUUUCCGCUUUUACGGCCUUGAAAAAAAAGGUAUUGAUCAGUUCAUUGCAUGGUAGGUGGUGGCCACGGUGCGCUUAGUUGCUAUGGAAUUGAACGAGAGGCGACAGCAUCUUCGCUUACUAUGGCUCCCACGAUUUUGCCAACGCUGCGUGUUGGGUGCAAUUAGAGAUUGUGAGACUGGGGAAUAGAUAUAGAAUUACUCUAUUCCUUAUAUAGAUGCCAUGCUGAAGCUAGGACCAUAGAAUACGGUAUGAGAGCACGUCACUAGAGCCGUUGGAAUAAUAUAUACUGUG